UGCAGUGCGGUGGCCUGCUGGGCUGCAUCAACGUGAACACAGCUGAUUCUCAACCCCUCUUGGUUGGUGCGCGCGGGAAAAUCUCUCGUCGUCAUCGCGCGCUCAUACAGUCUAGUUGCGAAUAAGGCACCCGCUAUGCGCUGCUAUUUGGCUACCACCGACGUCCGUCCGACGUCACAUCCCCAGAGAGCCCCAACCGAAGCCACCAGCCGCGCCGCCGCCGCCACAGUCAGCAGCAGAUACAGCGCCUUGCCGUCAAGUACGCCGCUUGGAGAGGGCCUCAUAUAAAAGCAUUGGCAAGCCGUUCCAGCUCAAUUAGUUUGUUUUUAAAAUUCCUAACAGAAACACGCGUCGUUUCUCCCACCACACCGUCGUCAAAUUUUGGACCAGUGAUCCUUCAUUCCAGUAGACGAGAACAACCGACCAGAUCCCGAAUCGCGCGGUUUAUCAGUGAUUGGAAUACCCCGAGAAUCCUGGCCAUAGUUGCUCGCGGAAAUCGUCUCCAACAGGAGCUUCUUUCGUUUUUUUUUUCAACUGUUGCUCUCCCAUUGUCCCAUUGUCGUCGCCCGCUAUCGCGAGGAAAAUUCGUGCAAGAGAGAAAAUAGAUUGGGGGAAUCGUAAAUCCGAAGAAAACGCGUAAAAGCUUAUGUGAUAAGAAUUUUGAUAAGCGAAAGUGAAAUUUGUGACACGCAAUAAAGCAGUGGGAAAAUUGCUGCGAAGAAAGUUUUCCUAGCGUGGAACGAAAAAGUGCAACUUUUAACCAGUGAAAAAUUCAUCAGUGAUUGUGUGUAAACUAGUGCCGAAUAUCGCUUCACCACAUCAGGAAUUUUAAGGAUAACAGCCGACAUAUCGAGAUAAAUCAAUUCGACGAUCACUAGCGAGUGGUUCUAACCUCGUAUAGCAGAUACACUUAAGCCACCAGCAGCACAUCUUUUGCCAUGGGUACCUUGCAACAGUUGGCCGUCAUCAAGGGACAGCAGCGUGGGCUGAUCCCGGCGCUACUGCACCGGACCUUCGAGGCCAACGUUGACAAAUUCUGCGGAACCGACAUGGCGCUGAUUUUUAACGAUGACAGCCGAGGCCUCACCAAGACCAACUACAACGUUUUGAACUCGACGGCCAACCGCGUUGCGGCGGCCGCCAUCGACGACAUCGUAAAUCGUCACAAAUCGGAACCGAAUCGCGACGGAGAUUACAUCAUUGCCGUGUGUAUGCAGCCCAGCGAUCGGCUGGUGACGACUUUGCUGGCGAUCUGGAAAGCCGGUGCCGCGUAUCUCCCGCUGGAUCCGACUUUCCCGCCGAACCGGAUCGAGCACAUCUUGAGCGAGGCACAGCCGGUGCUGGUCAUUCAUGAGGACUACGAAAAUGUGGCGGUGUUCGGUGACACUCCUGCUGUUUCCUACAGCGAUCUCAGGAAGAGGGCUGGCGAUAUGAGCAAUGCGAACAUUCUUCCACAGCAAAUGCUCGGUGCGGGCAUGAACGAGCUGGCUUUGGUGCUGUACACUUCGGGAAGCACAGGCGUUCCAAAAGGUGUCCGAUUGAAUCACGCUACCAUUCUCAACCGCCUCCAGUGGCAAUGGAACAGAUUCCCCUAUUUGGAAACGGAAAAGGUUGGUGUAUUCAAAACAGCGCUAACCUUUGUCGAUUCCGUCACGGAGAUCUGGGGUCCCUUGUUGAAUGGGAUGGCCAUCGUGAUCGUGCCCAAGAAGAUCACCAACAAUCCGGAGAGGCUCGUUGAACUGCUCGAGGAGUACAAAAUCGAACGACUGGUUCUGGUGCCGACCCUGCUGCGAUCCCUGCUUCUGUAUCUACCGCUUCAGAAGAAGCAGCUUUUGUACAACCUUCGCAUCUGGGUAUGCUCCGGCGAGCCUCUACAACUGUCGCUGGCAAAGGAAUUCUUCGACUACUUCGAAGAGGGGGUUCAUCAGCUCUGCAACUUCUAUGGAUCAACCGAAGUUAUGGGUGACGUUACGUAUUUCGUUUGCGAAUCCAAAAAGCAGCUCAGCAAUUACGAGAAAGUUCCUAUUGGCUAUCCAUUGGAUAAUACUGUGAUAUACAUCCUGAAUCCAGAACUUCAACCCGUCAAACCUGGAGAUAUUGGAGAACUGUUCGUUGCUGGGUUGAACCUGGCUCAGGGAUACGUCAACGGUCGUGACCCUCAUCGAUUCAUCGACAAUCCACUGGCCGUUGACCCUAUCUACUCGAGACUCUACCGCACGGGAGACUUCGCAUCAGCCACCAAAGGAUGCGUCUACUACGAGGGUCGCACGGAUUCCCAAAUCAAGAUCCGUGGUCACCGGGUGGACCUAUCCGAAGUGGAAAAGAACCUCCUGUCGCUCUCUGGGGUAGAUAAAGGUAUUGUGCUGUGCUAUCACGCUGGUGAAAUCGACCAAGCUCUGCUCGGUUUCAUCACGGUGGAGAAGGAUUCUGCGUUACAAACCGGAAUGCAGAUCGAAGGUGCGCUGGAGAGCAAGCUUCCACACUACAUGAUCCCUCAGGUCAUCAUUUUGGACAACAUACCGCUGUUGGUAAAUGGGAAAAUUGAUCGACAGACUCUCCUGAAGAUGUAUGAGAACACAAACAACAAUGAUGACGCAACUAUCGAGAUCGAGUACGAUUACACAGGCGUUCCGGAAAAUAAAAUGGAAAUGGCCAAGGAUCUGUUCACCACAGUGGGCCAGGUUAUUGGACGCUCUACGCGUAGCAAGAUCUCACUGCAAAGCAACUUCUACGAAUUGGGGGGAAAUUCGUUGAACUCUAUCAUCACCGUCACCCAACUCUGCCAGAAAGGUCACGCAAUAAGUAUUACUAGCUUCAUUGGAGCAGAGAAUCUGGCGGAAAUUUUGGACAAAAUGUACAGCAACCAGGAGCACAUUUCGGAGCAUGAACAAACUGCAGGGAUUAGCCAAGAGUUUGAAUUUGAAUACAAGAUGAAGCUUUCGGCCCAUCCUCUGGCGGACGAACACAAAGAAGACGCCAUCAACAUUUUGACGUACAGUUUCUACGAAAAAGCUGAUUUGGAGCGAUGGAUCAAACCACUGAUCCGAGAGCAAGACUAUCGGGACAUUCUGGAGGUCAUUUGGGAUGUACUGAUCGAGAAACAGCUCAGCUUCAUGAUCAAGGAUGAAACCGGAAAGUCGGUUGGUGUUUCUCUGAACUUCGACGCCCACGACGAGCCGGAGGUAGAGGUGAACAACAAUCUGGUGAUCAUCUUCGAGUUCUUGGAAUACGUGGAGAAGCCAAUUCGGGAAGAAAAGUUACCCCAGGGUAAGAAUCAAAUUCUACACUCGUUCAUGAUGGGUACCUGUGCAGAGCUAAACGCUCAGGAAAACAUCGAGGCUAUGCACUUCAUGGAGAGCGAAGUGCUCAAGAUCGCCAUCCGGCGGAAGUUCGCUGGUAUUCUAACGACCAACACCAGCCCGCUAACCCAGCAGCUCGGAUCUAAUGUGUAUGGGUACGAAACCAUGCUGGACUUCAAGAUCAAUCAGUAUGUCUACAGGGACGGUAACCGACCUUUCGGCAAAGCCGGGGAUGACCAGCGGGUGAUCGUGCACUGGAAGGACAUCCGGAAAGAGCACUGAGUGUGUUUUCCCAAAGAUAGAGAAAGGGCUAUUGGCAUAAUUAGUAGUGUUCUAGGUACCGUAUUUAUCGCUGCAAUAAUGAUCUAGUUUAAUGGCUACACGAUAGGCUAAGAAACCUUCCAACAGUAUGUCGAAAUGUAACCAAUCAUAGAGAUAUUGAUAGCAAAUGUAAUGUAUAAGGAAGUGCACUGAUCGUGCUGCAAGAAUCUUUACGAAUUAGUUGUAGCACUGAGUGUAUAAGUGAUAUUUUAACAAUUAGGAUGAUCGUACAAACCAGGUGGGCUUAGACGUGUGAAAAAAAAAACAAAUAAAAGAGGAUCUUAGUUUUGUAAGUUAUUUGUUUCUGAAUUUUGAGGAAACUACUAUUUAUGACAAUAAAUCGUAUUAUCGAAUUACUCGUAAAA